AUGUAUCCCGGGCUCCACUGUCCCUCUUCGGGUCUCUGCUUUCAGAAAAUGUCAUGGACUCCGAAUGAAAUUGCAGCAUUGUGCUACAACCAUUACCGGGCCAAGUUACCGAAGCAAGGCCAGCCGGACACGAACAGAGAGUGGACCCUCCUGGCAGCGGUCGUACAAGUGGAGACUGCACAGGGGAAGGACUGCACCAAGAAAGUCGUUGCUUUGGGAACCGGGACAAAAUGCAUCGGCCAGUCGAGACUGAGCAAAACGGGUGAUAUUCUCCAGGACAGCCACGCAGAGAUAAUUGCAAAGCGGAGUUUUCAGAGGUACCUCCUCCAUCAGCUUUCCCUGGCGCUGACGAAGACCCAAGACAGUGUCUUCGUUCCUGGAAACGAGAGCCGAAAGUGGACCGUAAGAGCGGGGGUCUGCUUCGUGUUUUUCACCAGCCACACACCUUGUGGUGAUGCUUCAAUCAUUCCCAUGAGUCCCCCAGAAGACCAACUCUGCCCCACUUCUUCUGUACUGGAGAAGACAUCACUGGUCACUGACUCCAUGAAUCCGGGGUGUAAGAGGAAGAGGAUGGACUGUGAACAUUCAUCGAGCACCAAGAAAGUGAAACAAGAUGGAGGAGAGAGUAGAGAUGAGUCACAUGACCAGGAAGACAGUCAGACAGCAGACAGUGGCUCCACACCUGAAGCGUUGGAUGUCUACAGGACAGGAGCCAAGUGUGUGCCUGGGGUAGCCCAGGAUAGUCACAACCCCGGGGUGGACUAUCACACUGUGGGGGUACUCCGUGUCAAACCAGGCCGUGGCGACCGCACUCUGUCCAUGUCUUGUAGCGAUAAGAUGGCUCGAUGGAACGUGCUCGGCUGCCAGGGGGCGCUGCUUAUGCAUUUCCUGCAGCAGCCAAUCUACCUUGCAGCGCUUGUGGUUGGAAAGUGUCCUUUUAACUUGGAGUCUAUGGAGAGGGCUCUGCACAGCAGAUGCGCAAAGGUGACGGCUCUCCCGGAAGCAUUUACAGUUCAUACAUUGGACAUCAGGCAAUCACAAUUACAGUUUCAUCACGGGAAGGAGGCGCUGAAAGAUGGAGACGACACAAGAAAACUGGUUCCUUGUGGUUCAGCUAUCAGCUGGAGUUCAGUUCCACAGCAGCCUCUGGAUGUCACUGCGAAUGGCUACAGACAAGGAACAACGAAGAAAGCCAUUGGAACCCCACAGUCCAGGUCCCGGAUCUGUAAAGCGGAGUUAUUUCACACAUUCCGGGAUCUGGUGAAGGGCCAGUCCGAGGAGCAGCUUCCAGAGUCACUCAGGUCCCGGGAACUGAAUACGUAUCGGGAGUAUAAGGAAGCCGCUGUGUCUUACCAGGAAGCCUGGAAGCAAUUACGACAACAGGCGUUUACAUCCUGGAUCCAGACUCCUCGUGAUUACCUUCACUUCAGCUGACGCGCUCCGCAUACAUGAGACCUGUCUUGUCUGGUGGGCAGAUGAUGGAAAUUUUUUUCAGC